GGCAAUUUUGCAUCACAAGAUCAUCAACUAAGCGAAGAACACACACACAAACACAAACAGAAAAACACAACACAUUAAGCUAGCUAGAAGAAGAGAGAAAUUAAAGAAGCUAGGAGCUAACGAUCAGGAUGGCUGCUGGCAUGGUGGCGACAAUGGUGCUACUGACGUGCCUUGCUGCAGGAGGGCUGGUCGUCGGAGCUGAGGAAGACGGUGGCGGCGGCGGUCUUGGCCGGCUGGGGUCGCCGGACUACGGCGACGCGCUGGCGAAGGCCAUCCUGUUCUUCGAGGGACAGCGGUCGGGGCGGCUGCCGGCGAACCAGCGAGCGACGUGGCGCGGGGACUCGGCGCUCACCGAUGGCCGUGAAGAAAACGUGAACCUGACCGGCGGCUACUACGACGCCGGCGACAACGUCAAGUUCGGGUACCCGAUGGCGUUCACGGUGACCCUGCUGGGCUGGAGCGCCGUCGAGUACGGCGCCGCCGUCGCGGCGGCGGGGGAGCUCGGCAACCUCCGGGCGGCGAUCCGGUGGGGCGCCGACUUCCUCCUCCGCGCCCACGCCUCGCCGACGACGCUCUACACCCAGGUCGGCGACGGCAACGCCGACCACCAGUGCUGGGAGCGGCCGGAGGACAUGGACACGCCCAGGACGCUCUACAAGAUCACCGCCGACUCGCCGGGGUCCGAGGCCGCCGCCGAGGCCUCGGCGGCGCUCGCCGCCGCGUACGUCGCGCUCAAGGACGACGGUGACACCGCCUUCUCGUCGCGGCUCCUGGCCGCGUCAAGAUCGCUGUUCGAUUUCGCCAACAACUACAGGGGAUCAUUCCAGUCCUCCUGCCCCUUCUACUGCUCCUACUCUGGAUUUCAGGAUGAGCUCCUCUGGGCCUCAGCGUGGCUCUUCAAGGCGACGCGAGACGCCAAGUACCUCGACUUCCUGACAAACAACCAAGGAUCCAGCAACCCUGUCAAUGAGUUCAGCUGGGACAACAAGUAUGCCGGAGCACAGAUGCUUGCAGCACAGGAGUACUUGGGAGGGAGAACACAGCUAGCAAGGUACAAGGAUAACUUGGAUUCCUUUGUAUGUGCCCUCAUGCCUAACAGUGGCAAUGUGCAGAUAAGGACCACUCCUGGCGGACUUCUGUUUACGCGCGAUUCGGUCAAUUUACAGUACACAACAACUGCGACCCUCGUUCUGUCCAUCUACUCCAAGGUGCUCAAGUCUUCUGGCUCCAGGGGAGUUCGCUGUAGCGCUGCAACAUUCUCUCCAAAUCAGAUCAGCUCAUUUGCCACGUCUCAGGUGGAUUACAUCCUGGGGAAGAACCCUCUGGGCAUGUCAUACAUGGUAGGGUUCAGCACAAAGUUUCCGAGGCGCAUUCAUCACCGUGGCUCGUCCAUCCCGUCGAUCAAAGUUCUCAGCAGGAAGGUCACCUGCAAGGAAGGGUUCUCAUCAUGGUUACCGACAAGCGACCCAAACCCUAACAUCCAUGUCGGAGCGAUUGUCGGUGGACCAGAUGGAAAUGAUCAGUUCAGUGACAACAGGGGGGAUUCAUCACACUCUGAGCCAGCCACAUACAUCAAUGCAGCCUUUGUGGGUGCCUGUGCUGCUGCAAUGGGGCAGAAGCAGGUGGUGAAGCUGGAGGAGCCUGCGGACAACUUAGAAUCAAUGGUAUCAACUUACUAGAAAAGAGGGAUGCAGAAAAUAUAUGCAAGAAUAAGAUCAUUAUUAUGUAUUCAUGUGCAACUUCUAUGUGUGAGAUUGCCUUGUAACAUCAGUGCUUACUUGUAAUAUAUCCCAGCUCCUUAUCAGUGUGUACAACAUGAUAAUAAAUAAAUACCAUAAGUUCAUACCAACUA